AGAGGGAAGGAGACGUGCAAUUGAAGUGCACGAGGAAACCGUUGAAAAGGACGCGAGAGGUUUCCCUUUUCAAUUUUCAUCCCCGCUUUUUCUCUGGUCUGAAAAUCGCCAGAUCUCAAUCGCAAACACACAAGCUCAACACCAAACGACCCCAAAUCGAAAUCUAUAGGAUUUGCGAACGAAAACCACCACGUAACUGUUAUUUGAGUCAAACACCGGAGGUAUCUCUAUUUCGUCUGAAACGGUACCAUCAAUCAAAUUUCAUCUGUAUUGGACAAUGAGCAUUUCAGAAGUGGUUUUGCAAGUUUUUUCAGGGGUUGGAACCAGCUACUGUUAUCCUAACAUUGGUUCAAGUAGUUCAAACUUAAAGCUUCCUUUUAAAUCAUACGGGAAAUGUAGGAAGAGAAUCGGAUUAUGGAAUAUACGACCACUAAAUAAUUGUAGAACCACCCAAAGCUGCAAGAAAUAUGGAAUUUGGCAGGUCAGAGGUAUUGACUGUGGAAAUACUUCAAAUAACCGAUUAUGGUUUUCGAGUUGCCAGUGCCAACGGGUUGAAAACAUCAGUGAAACAAUUGGUGAAGGCAGUAAUGGAACCUGGUUUAAAGAAAAGAAUUUGAGCCCAAUCGACGGAGAGGUGAAUGCGCAGAAAGUUCUAGACUCUGAGGAAGUCCAACAGUUGAAGCAUGAAAAAGAAGGUUUCAUGAGCAACGGUUCUAUUACUAAAGAUGCCUCAUAUAGCAAUGGCACAAUCUCGAUUGAGGAUGAAGCGUGGAAUCUACUAAGGGAGUCUGUGGUUUAUUAUUGUGGCAGUCCUAUCGGAACAAUUGCUGCAAAGGACCCAUCCAGCACCAAUGUUUUGAACUAUGACCAUGUCUUUAUUCGCGACUUCAUUCCUUCUGGGAUUGCUUUUCUUUUGAAGGGCGAGUACGAUAUUGUUCGGAAUUUCAUCCUUCACACACUUCAGUUGCAGAGCUGGGAGAAAACAAUGGACUGCCACAGCCCAGGUCAAGGACUGAUGCCUGCCAGCUUCAAGGUGCGUACUGUUCCACUAGAUGGUGAUGAUACUGCAACUGAAGAGGUGUUGGAUCCUGACUUUGGGGAGGCAGCAAUUGGGCGAGUGGCGCCAGUUGAUUCUGGAUUAUGGUGGAUUAUACUGUUGAGAGCCUAUGGAAAAUGCUCUGGAGAUCGUUCCGUUCAAGAGAGAAUUGAUGUCCAAACAGGAAUUAAGAUGAUUUUAAAGCUCUGUCUUGCUGAUGGUUUUGACAUGUUCCCGACACUGCUUGUUACGGAUGGUUCAUGCAUGAUAGAUCGCCGCAUGGGAAUUCAUGGACACCCUCUGGAAAUUCAGGCACUAUUUUACUCAGCCCUGCUCUCUGCACGUGAGAUGCUCGCUCCAGAGGAUGGAUCAGCAGACCUCAUACGUGCAUUAAACAAUCGGCUGGUUGCAUUAUCAUUUCACAUCAGAGAAUAUUAUUGGAUAGAUAUGAGAAAACUCAAUGAGAUUUACCGUUACAAAACAGAGGAGUAUUCCUAUGAUGCAGUUAAUAAGUUCAACAUCUACCCUGAUCAGAUAUCUCCAUGGCUGGUAGAAUGGAUGCCUAAUAAAGGAGGCUAUCUCAUUGGAAAUCUGCAGCCAGCCCACAUGGAUUUCCGUUUCUUCUCUCUUGGGAACUUGUGGGCAAUAGUUAGCAGUCUAACAACAAGGGAUCAAUCCCAUGCCAUAUUGGAUCUCAUUGAGGCCAAGUGGAAUGUUUUAGUGGCGGAUAUGCCAUUCAAGAUAUGUUAUCCUGCUCUUGAAGGCCAGGAGUGGCGGAUUAUCACAGGCAGUGAUCCAAAGAACACGCCUUGGUCAUACCACAAUGGAGGUUCUUGGCCAACUUUGCUGUGGCAGCUAACAGUGGCAUGCAUAAAGAUGAACAGACCAGAGAUAGCUACCAGAGCCAUUGAGGUUGCUGAGAAGCGGAUAUCAGCAGAGAAAUGGCCCGAGUAUUAUGACACUAAAAGAGCGCGAUUCAUCGGGAAACAAGCACGACUGUAUCAGACUUGGUCAAUUGCCGGAUUCCUCGUGGCGAAGCUCCUCCUCCGUAACCCGGAUGCAGCAAAGAUUCUUAUGAACGAAGAGGAUGCAGAGCUCGUGAAUGCCUUUUAUUGCAUGAUCGAUGCCAAUCCAAGGAGAAAACGCAGUCGAAAGGGACAAAAGAGUUAUAUAGUAUAGGCUGUAUCGGAAAUACCACAACUACUAAAAAUUGGCGGUGCGAGCAUAGCCUUCUGAUAAAUGUUUCAGUGAUCCACUCAUGGCACCAAAGGGUGACCAGAAAUCUGCCUGCAAUUAUUGUUUUCCAUGAUUUAACUAGUGCUGUAUCAUUGUUAUUAUCUUCAUUUUCAACAGGCAAGUUCAAAUAAGGCCUGCAACUUCAAUGUGUUUUGAUCCUCAUGGCAGAUGACCCUGUAUCAUAUAUGUAUCUUUUGUAAAAUAUGUAAUGAUAUCACUUAUAUAUAUAACCAAAAUACACUGGUUAUGUGGGAAAUUUCUAUUCUUAUA